UGGGCUGACCAAGGGCGGCGCAGAAAAGACGAGGCAACGGAAUGUUAAUUUAGCUUCGUCGGCCCGACCACAUCGCAAACACCUCGCCGGCUUGCCGUCGUCUGCAAGCGUUGAUCUGCCCGGAUCGCGUGCCGCGGAAGAGUGGGAGUGAGGCUGUAAGAGAGAGCCAUGGGGUUCCUUUUCCGGGUCAGGAUAGCGUCUUUCUUCGCCGGCGCCGCCACGGCCUCCAUCGCUGGCUUCUAUCUCCUCUACAAGGACUACAUGUUCGCUCACGAUGCCAUUCGCCUACAGGUGAAUAACAUUUAUCAAACCGUCGAUGAACGCUAUGAAGCCCUAAACCAACGCACAACAAUUUUGGAAAUUCAGAAGGAUGCAGCAGCAACUGAUAAAUCAACAGAGGUAUUGGAUUAGCUAGUGAGUUUCUUUGAUACCGAACAGCCCCGUGAUAUGCUACUGAUUUUGUCAUUGUAAGCUUAAAAUGCUAUAUUCUUCGUGUCGGAUAAGCAAAAGAAAGUUGAGAAUGACUUUUAAUGCUCUUUGCAAUAAUGUUAACUGAGCUUUAAUUUUUUAA